GGCGAGAGUUAGCCCGCUAACAGAAAGCAGAAGAUAAACAAGCAACGCUCUUUAAGAUGUCAGAAAGCGAUGGCUCCGACGAAAACCUACUACGAUGCCGCGGCAGACAUAGAGCUAGCAACACAAGGCCAAUGCGCGGAUCGGAAUUUCCUCGAGGCCCUCGCAAGCAUCUUCCUCGCCAGAGUCCGGAAUCAUUUCUAGGACCUUCAAACCAAAAGGAACCCCACAAUAGAAAGCAGAGCGAGGCUCCUCAAGGUUCAGGGCAAGAGAAUAGAAAUUCACAUAAAUCAACAAAGGCGAAACUCCCGGACCCUUUGACGCAGGAGGAACUGGACUGGCUGAAGCGGAUGCAAGGCGAAAUAGUGAUGAAAGCCCAUUUGAAUCAUUUCAAUGGGCUCCCGACGGCCAACCCUGAAGUUCUUACCAAAUGCAGAGAUGGUCCAGGGGCGGAUCGUAACUCGGCUGUGUACCAGGAGAUUGCAAAGACCCGUCAUGUUAGCCAGAAACACCUGUCAGACACCAAGGACAUUCCUACCUUUUCACGCAUGUCGCUUGAUGGCAUAAAAGACGGAAGCUUACAAGAAGUUGGGGCCGCAAUACAGCUGUGUAAAGUCUGGUACAAGCAAAGCCCCGCGGUUUACCCUACUGUUAAAAAUGGAGAUUUACUGCUCUCCUCCAAACCAACCGAGGAGCAUGAACGUAUUCUAGCGAAGCUUCGAAUGCCUUACCCAAAAGAAGGAUCCCAGAGACUAGAGUGCCAUGAAGGCCAAUCUUCGCAAAGGCCUGAGAACAGCUGGACAGACGGCUCCCCCGCAGACUGGGAGUUUCAUCCUCGCUCCUGUCCGGAUUACGACGCAUACCAUUCACGGUUUCAGACUUGGUUACAAACUACUAUCGACCUUCCAUGUUACGUUGAUAUUUAUCAUCCAACCUUCUUCGAUGGAACAGCGCAUGCGGACGGUGAGAGAUCUAUGUUCGUGCUAGAUAUGAGUAAUUACAAUACUCUUCUUGAGAUGAACGACGAAGAAACUUGGCUUCACUGGUAUGAAAAUGCCGAAGGGUACUGUCACAACCUCACUAUUCACAAUAAGAACGCAGAAUGUGAGGAAAGAGAUAGGAGAAAAUUGGCACGUAAGGCCUACCUAGACGCAAUACAGAGUCCGCCACUCCAGAGCCCUAAUAGCCCUAAGGCUAAUAUUUACCUCCGGCCAGCAGAACAAAAGGAUGUUGUGGAACUACUGGAAAUUCACAACUGGUAUGCGAAAAACUCUACAUGCAGUGCCUAUAUCGAGGAUCUGGAUUUCGACUCCAUUCUCCAACGAAUCCAAAGCUGCUGCAGUGCAAAGUUGCCCUUCAUCGUCGCUGUCGACUGUCGCAGGGCAUCCACUCCAAACACUGAGCGAAUCUUGGGCUACGCACUUGCAACAGAUUUCGGUGGUCCUCAACCCGCAAGCAAUUUCACAGCUGAGCUAGAAAUUUUUGUGAGACCUGAGUUUAAGGAACAGGGAAUCGGUAGAUGCCUUCUCGACAAGCUUGUGGAAGUCUGUGACCCCACGUACAGUCCGAAGGGGGGUUGUCCGUUUAAACCGAGCGCUGACGAGCGCUGGGGAUACUAUCCUGGCGGCCGGCGCCGACUAGGAAGACUCAUUUUUGCUUUCAGUUAUAUUGGAAACAAGGAGCUCUCGGAAUACAAGUGGGUGAAGAAAUGGCUGGAGAGAGCGUGUGAGUUUGAGGAGCAGGGAUUGCUUAAAGGAGUGCGCGUCAAGUUCGGCAAGCUGCUUAAUACAAGCUACCUUGUUCGAAAUGUUGGCUACCAACAUGGCAACAACUGGGAAUGAUCUAAUUACUGAAGUGGGCCAUUUAUGCGAGAGGCUGGGUCGAAGUAGAGGGAAAACACAAGAGCAAAAUCCUGGGGAAGAUUGAGCAUGGUGGUUUAGGAACAGGGACGAUAAGGAAAAACAAGCGAAGUUAUUCAGGAUAUGGGCGGGCGGCUAGUUAUCAUUGUACUGUACAGAGUAAAGCAGGAUCUUGCGAAUGGAAAGGGAAGAGUGAUCCAGUUCAUAUUUACUCCAGAUCUCGCUAAUGUUCAUCAUUUCUUCCUAUUCCUAAAUUGGAUGGGCGAAAAUAUCACCAGGCG